AUGAUAUUCAUUUUGCUUUUUUUUAUUAAUCUCAUUAAUAUAAACUAUGCGCUUGUCUGUCCAAUUUAUUUACCACAGAAAAUAAAUUCCGCGGAAAAUUAUUUAAUAAAAACUUGUCAAUCAAAUUGUACAUUUUCAAAUGUAUUAGAAAAUCAAGAUGCAUGUCUUGGAGUUUAUUAUAAUUAUUCAGGAAAUAUAUUUAUUAAACAAUUAAGUACGAUACAAAGUGAUGAACAAUGUUUAAAAUCCAAACAAUGUAUAUUAGAGAUGGAUGCAGUUAAUUCUCAAGCAUUUUCAUGUUGUUGUUCAACAAAUAAUUGUACACUUAAUUGGACAAUAUUAUUAACAACGCCAACAACAACAUAUCGUUCGAUUUUAAUCGAUCAUACAACAAAAACGAAUGUUGUUAUUAUAGACGAAGAAUAUUUUUCAUGGAAAUUAUUUUUAAUCAUAUUUAGUUGUACGUUGUUUAUUAUUCUAAUCACGUUUAUAUUUAGUUUAUGGAAAUCAUUAAGAAAUAGACAUGAGAAUAAAGCUAAUACAUCAUUUAGAAAAUCAUCAUCAUCAUCAUUAACAACAACAACUUCAAUAGAACAAUUAUUUUUUUCUGCACAAAAAAUAAUUUCGGGAAAAAAUAGUAUUGUUUAUAAAGGUGUAUUUAAUGAUGAUAUUGUUGCUCUUAAAGUUUAUCAACAAACAGAUCUAUUAAUAUGGAAAAAUGAAGUUACAUUACUUAAAUCUAUUAAACAUGAAUCAAUUAUUAAAAUUCUAUCUGAUGGUCAAUAUAAUUCACAUUUAUAUCUUAUAUUACCCUAUUAUGAAAAUGGUACACUUCAAUCAUAUUUACGUGAACCUAAUCGAACAUUAACUAUAAAUCAAUGUUUAAUAUUUCUUCGUUCACUUGCAUCAGCAUUAUCUUAUUUACAUGUAGGACAAAAUAAAAAUCAUAUGACAAUUGUCCAUCGUGAUAUUAAAUCAACAAAUAUACUUAUUUGUAAAAAUGAAUUAAAUUUAUGCCUAGCUGAUUUUGGUAUUGCCAUUGCUCUACCUCAAGUAUUAACUGAAAAAGAUUUUGUACAAAUUGGUACGAUGCGUUAUAUGGCACCAGAAUUACUUGAAGGUGUCAUUGCAUAUACUCAUGAUGCUUUAUACAGUGUAGACAUGUAUGCCUUAGGCUUAGUUAUGUGGGAAAUAAUAAGACAAUGUGAUGUUUAUCCAAUAACAGUAUAUCAAGCACCCUAUGAAGAAUAUAUUACAAAUAAUCCUGGUGGACCUUCUUUUGCUGCUCAGAUUUAUGAUAUCGUGAUUGUUCGUCGAUUACGACCAACACUUAUUCGACAAGUAAAAGAUAAACAAUAUGCUAUGAUUAUUCAUGAAUUGUGUUCAUUAAUUGAUUCAUGUUGGACAGCCGAUUCUGAUAUGCGUAUGAAAGCACAAACACUUGCAUUUAAACUCAAUCAAUUGAUAUAG